AUUCGCCGUUUUCGGAAUUACCACACGUGUACGUUGUUUGUUGUGUCGUCAGAUUUGGUUGGAUUUCAAACAAAAUAGGUUGCCUGAUAAAUACCGGGGAUCAGUUUAACCUGGCAUUGAAGUGGGUGAGGAUGUAAUGCGAGCGCGUUAACGAGAAUUUACGUAACGUCAUAUGAUACUUCGCGAUUAAUACGAGAAUGAGUAAGACCAUUAACCUGUGCACGGCGGUUAGGCCGGUAGUAUCAGCAAGGGGUAUUUUUACUUCGAUCAUGAGGAAUCGAAGCAGUUCGCAAGAUAUAUUUCAUCCAGAUGGCCACGAGCCAAGUAUACCCCGUUAUCAACAUCACGAAGGCGAGAACGCAUCUCUCAAGAGAGCAAGGUUGUUGUAUCAGUCACGUAAACGAGGCAUGCUAGAGAAUGGGUUACUUCUUAGCACGUUUGCGAAGAAGUACUUGGAUACCUUUACGGAUAAUGAAUUACAUUUAUACGACCAUCUGAUUAACAUACCUUCGAAUGACUGGGAUUUAUUUUAUUGGGCUACCGGAACUAAACCAACCCCACCCGAGUUCGAUAACAAUGUCAUGGACCUUUUGAAAGAACAUGUUCGAAAUGACGAUCGACAAGCUAGAAUUAUGCAACCGGAUCUGUAGAUAAUGAUUGUAUAUUUAGCAUACUUAAUUAGUCGCAUUUCUAGGUAAAGGCAUAAAUGCAGAGCUUAAAGGAAAAAAUUCAAUGUAAAUAGAAGAAUUAAGACAAGAAUCACAAUGAGCAAUGUUAAUGGCUAAAAUGCCAAUAUUAAGUGAUUUGCUAUUCUGAACUUCAGUUGAUUCUGGGCAAUUUGUCAGAUUUGCAAACUUAACAUAAGCAAGUACAGAUACAUUGUGGAUCGCUAACCAAAAUGCAUGUAUCGAUGUGGAUCCGAAAGGAACUGCUUAUUCUGAGUGAAGCCUACAAGACCGGGUCCUUUUGUUGCCGUUGCAGCUCCUCUACCUCUAGUUGUUUUUCCACGGCCUCUAGUCGAGGACUUCCUGUCUCUUGAACUUAAAAUAGCAAUAAAUUAAUCUUAUGUGAAACGCGUAAA